ACUCCGUGCAAAAAUCAGUCAUAGGACCAAAGAGAUUAGGGAGACAUUAUCUAAAAUUUCCAUCGAAAAGGAUCAAUUCAAUCUUAAUGUGAGGAGUGUUGACAGUGGAGUGGCGCCUUUGCGAUCACGAGAGAUGACUCACUCGUUCAUAAACAAGUUGGAUGUCGUUGGAAGAGAUGUUGAUAAACAAAAGAUAAUUGAGAUAUUGAUGCGACCAGAUGACAAAAACCUCUCGGUGAUUCCCAUAGUUGGAAUAGGAGGUAUGGGUAAGACGACUCUAGCUAAAUUAGUUUACAAUGACGACAGUGUGAAGGAGCAAUUCGAGUUGCGACUAUGGGUGUGUGUACCUGAGGACUUUGAUUUUAAAAAAACUAUCGAUGAAAUCAUCAAAGCAACUGGUCAAAGCUUGAGUAACCUUAAUAGUCAACAAUCACAAACCUUUCUGCGAGACACCAUCAAAGACAAGAAAUUUCUACUAGUCUUAGAUGAUGUAUGGAGCAACGACCGCAGUAGGUGGGAAGAAUUGAAAGCUUUGCUGACCGAAGGAGCUAGUGAAAGCAAGAUAAUUGUCACAACGCGCUUCACAGAAGUUGCUUCUAUUAUGGGUACCCAUCCAACGCAUAAUCUAAAAGGUCUUUAUCAUGAAGACUCCAUGGCCUUGUUCAAAAAAUGGGCAUUCAAUCAAAAGGAAAAGCAAUCACGUUCUGAUCUCCUUGACAUUGGAAAUGACAUUGUCAAAAAAUGUCAAGGAGUUCCUCUCCUUGUGAAAACUUUGGGAAGUCUACUUUACACAAAGGGCGAAGAACGGUAUUGGGCUUAUAUAAGAGAUAGCGAGAUAUGGAAGUUAGUAGAAGAAAAAAAUGAUAUUUUGCCGGUUCUUAAGCUUAGCUAUGAUCAUUUACCGUCCCACUUAAAACGUUGUUUUGCCACAUUUUCACUUUUCCCCAGAGGAUAUGAAAUUCUUAGCACUGAGUUUGUUUGGUUAUGGAUGGCUUUAGGACUCAUUAGUUCAUCAAGGGAAAAAGUAGCAUCGGAAGAGGUUGAUGUUGAGUACAUCAAAGAGUUGUGGAAGAGAUCUUUGAUCCAAGAGGUUGAGGAGUCCGAAUCAGUGUUAACUUUUAAAGUGCACGAUCUAGUCCAUUCUCUUGCAAUGAUUGUGGCACAAAAUGAUUCCUCUGUUGUUGGCUUAGAUACCGUAGAGAUUUCGGAAGGAGCUCGGUACAUUUCGUUCUCUAGCUCUUCGUUAGAGGGAAUUUCAAAUUUUGAUGGUGUCCCACCUUUUAUGAGAAAGCCAACUUCAAAGAGGCUCCGUGCAAUUAAAUUUCAAUUCAAUAUUGAUGAUGGAGUUAUUACUAGAGAGUUUGCUAGAACAUGCAUCUCCAAAUGUAACCACUUGCGGUAUCUAGAUUUGCCGUGUGGUAGUUUUGAGGAGCUGCCAAGUUCCAUAUGCAACUUGAAGCAAUUGAGGUCGUUACUUCUCUCUGAAAACAAGCAAUUGAAGAAGCUUCCGGAUACCAUUUGUGAGCUGCAGAGUUUGCUACACUUAUUACUCAAUCGUUGCUCAAAGCUAGAUGAUUUACCCAAAAAUAUGAAGAGGCUUGUCAGUCUUAGACAUAUAUGCGUAACAACAAAGCAGAAAAGUUUGCAAGAAUGUGGAAUACAAUACCUAGAAAAUCUACAAUAUUUGGGACUCGUUGGAUGCCAAAAUCUCCAAGUUUUAUUUGAAGGCACUUGCCAACUAACUCGCCUUCGGGAGUUGGAAAUUGAAGAUUGUGGGAGACCAAUAUCUCUGCCUUUUGUGGAAUUAAUCGCCUUAGAGUACUUGAAUAUUGGUAAUUGCAAGCUCAUAUUGACCAAAGGGAAUAACUCCAUCUUUUUUCCGAAUCUUCGUACGCUGGCAAUAUCAAUGUUCGAACAAGUGAUGGAGUUGCUUCAAUGUUUCAAUAAGUCUUCUUGCGCUUUGGAGUCCUUUUCUGUCUAUGAUUGCCCGAGCUUCAUUACUGUACCCGAAUGGCUAUCCAAUCAUACACGUCUCAGAAUAAUUCGCUUGAUCCAAUGUCCCAACUUAUCAUCUAUGCCGCAAGAAAUCAAGUCCCUCAUUGCCCUCAAAGAAUUGCGUGUUGAACAUUGUGGUGAACUGAGCGAGAGAUGUCAACCAACAACUGGCGAGGAUUGGCCCAAAAUUGCUCACAUUCCUCGAAUCCAACUUGAUCUUAUACCUGUACAAUGGACGGAGGAUUAGGUAAUCAUCUAUGAUCCAUUUGACAUGCCGUGUGGAUCUCCGCAAAGAUUUGGUCGUACAUUCUGCUAAUCCUUCAUCGAAUCUCUUUCAUUUUCAUGGAUGAAAACAAUGACUAGUGAUAGUAUAUGUCUUUCUUUAUUUCCUUGAAUGAGUGCAGUUCUUUAUUAUUUGUGUUUGUAUUGCAAAUUUCUCUACGGAGAAAACGCCUGAUUCGUAUUGUACGAGAUCAACCGUUGCAUUAUUUCUAUUUGAAUUUUCUUAUAUUGA